AUGGAAUCUACAACGCUGGUGGCCAAUGUGGAGACACAUCGGUCACCAGCAUAUGGCAAUCAAUCGCGUGGAAGCCAACGGACAAGAAAGAGGAAGGCAUCCGAGUCGUCAUCGCCUACUACCACGGACAGCAGCAACAACAACAGGUCCAAUGGCCCACGGCAGAAGAUCACGCGGGCCUGUGACCAAUGUAAGGAGAAAAAGAUCCGGUGCACCGGGACACUGCCCUGCGUAAGAUGUACCAGGCUGUCGCUCGCCUGCAAGUACAAUGCUGCCUAUUCACGGGGACUGCCCCCGGUGCCCCUGCCCCUGCCCUCCUCUGAAACGGACGUAUCACAUCCGAGCAGCAAGCAUGCUCCUUUAAGGGGCCAAGCCAGUCGGAACCCUGUUCCCCAGCAAUCUCCUCGGAAACCUCGUGGGGACGCCGUGAUCUCGCGCCAAGGUCGUCAGAACAAAGAUCUUGGCGCUGUCACCCGAAACUCUCCGGAUCCCAUCGCUACCGAUUUCGAGGGCAACUAUCUGGGGCCGGCGUCGGGGUUGUCGUUCCUCAACCGGGUAUGGCGUCGGUUGCGUCAGGACGAAAUGCGCGCGUUUCCCAAUCAGUGCGACACUGAGGCUAGCUCGAAGAAUACGUCCGUGUUCAUGUUUGGUGAUAAGCCCUACGAUGCUUAUCACGAGACGGGGUUUAUUCUGCCCUCUUAUGAAAAGGCACUGAGUCUUGUGGAGGUCUAUUUCGACUAUUCUAUCGUCACAUACCGCUUCCUGCAUCGGGGGAGCGUGGAAGACUGGCUGAAACAGGUUUACGAACUCAAUAUCUCCUCCACGAAUUUACCAACGGGUCCGAUGCUGGCUCGGACGGCAAUCGUUCUCAUGGUCUUUGCGGUCAGCACGCUGUACGAGGAGCUAGAACCGGGCGGCCAGAGGGACCCUUGGGACCGGAGCGAACGAUGGUAUGCAGCGUCCAAGCACAUGUCUGCCAUGGAGUCUGGUCCUCCGAAUCUGGAAACGGUUCAGGCACGACUAGGCCAAUGCCUCUAUCUCCUGGGCUCGUCCCGUGCCAAUGAAUGCUGGUAUGUCUUUGGUACGGCGCUGCAGCUGGUGACAGCAUUGGGUCUGCACCGAAAGUGUCUGGCCAGGUCUGUGAAGAGGGGGACUACUUAUCUGGAGCAGGAGCUUCGCAAACGUAUUUUCUGGAGUGCAUACACAUUAGAUAAGUACCUGAGCGUCAUGUUCGGAAGACCUCGAUUGCUACAUGACGAGGACAUCGACCAGAAGCUACCGGAUGAGGUGAGCGAUGAUGACUUGCUCCAAGAGACUUCCGAAAGAAGAACAGGGUCGCCGGAUUGUAUGAUGAUUGCCUCUGUGCUUCAUUUCCGACUGGGCCGGAUUCUUGGUGAUAUCUCCCGACAAGUCUACUCGCUCAAUCCGCACUGUCGCGACCCGCCUUUAGAAAUGGCAGCCCGACUCACCGCAGAACUAGAGAAGUGGAAAGAGACAACACCGCCUCUGUUUAACAGCGUAUGCCCAACGAGUCUUAUCCCACCUCUUUGCCGACAAAGUCAAGUCCUCCAGAUGGCGUACUCUCAUGCGAUGAUCCACGUAACCCGGUCAUUCCUGUUGAACGAUUUCACCGAUCUCACGCGGCGGCCAUCCAUUCCAGACCCUAUGGUAGCGACCCACGUUCACAAAUGUAUCGAUGCGGCUGAAAAUGUCCUCACCCUGGUCGACAGCCUGGCGAAACAAGGUGCCUUCAUCCAGUCAUUCUGGUUCACCCACUACGUCUGUUUCUGCGCCAUUAUCGUAGUGUAUAUAUACACCAUCCAGCAGCAUCGUCUUUUUUCUGCCCUGGGCGACUCCUCCCCAAGAAACACCGAAGACACCAGUCGGUCACUGUCCCUAUUCGCCGUCGGCGAAACCUGCCAGCAGCACCUUGCAGAAGCCACCAGGGAGAACUGUCCUAGUCGUCGCUACAGCAUUAUCCUAGAGGAGCUGCGGCUCGAAGUACACAGGCAACUCGGGCCCCGGCUACCACCACCGCACUCUGGAGAGACUUCUGGGCCUUCUGACACCCACCAGAAAUCCACCGUCAUGCAGGAAACAGUUGAUCUACCUCGUACGGACCAGACACUUUUGUUGGACCCAGGCUCUUUGAACUACGCAGACAGCUUGCAGCAGCCGGGCCUCGAGGGGACCUUGUUCGAGCCAUCGGAGGAUCCAGGGUUUCUUGAGAACCUAGACGGGUCGAUCUGGUGGACCCAGCUGGACUCUUGGGCUUUCAUGAAUCUGCAGAAUGAUCCCUCGAUGAUGCCGUUUUGA